GCUAAACACUCUUCACAAUACAAAUCCCUGUGCACAGCAAGUCUGUGUGUUUUUCACACAUAGGGCUGUGAGCAGGAGACUGUGGUACUGCCUAAUGUAACUAUGAGCCAUGGCACACGGAAUUACGUUACACAUUGGACUCAUGUUUUCAUUUAGUAAUGCAUGAGCAUACACAAUGAGCAAUUAGAUACAUCUGACUUUCACAUCCAAAGAAACUCUACUGUUCAGGAAAAAGGAAUUCCUUUGGAAGUAACUUCUGUUCUGGGAUUGGAUCAAAGUGCUUGGCAUAGAAAUAAUACAGGUAUGUUUUCAUAUUCUAAGUCUUGUAGUAAUAUGUUUGACUAACAUUUAUUUUCUUGUUAUUGGGUUUGUAAAUUGAGAUGCAGCGCUGUGUGCAUGCCUGUGCGUCCAACAUUCUGGGCCACUUACUGUGGAGGCAAUGUGCUCUCACCAGGAGCCAGUGUUUGUCAAGCUUAGGCCGGUUCUCCAGGCAGAUGAGCAGCUGGAGACAGCUGGAGAACAGCAAUGUUCCUUCUUCUCAGGAAAAGCCCAAAGUUCUGAUUACAGGUGGUCUGGGGCAGUUGGGCAUGGGGCUUGCGGAGAUGCUUCGGAAACAGUAUGGGACAGAUAAUGUGAUUCUAUCAGAUAUUAAGAAGCCACCACCACAUAUAUUUCGCAGCGGCCCAUUUGUAUAUGCUGAUGUUCUGGACUACAAGCAUCUUAGAGAACUGAUUAUAAAUAACCAGAUCACUUGGCUGGUUCAUUAUAGUGCCCUGCUUAGUGCUGUAGGUGAGGCAAAUGUGGCACUGGCUCGCAAAAUAAAUAUUACAGGCCUCCACAAUGUGUUGGACUUGGCUCUUGAGAACUGCCUUCGCCUCUUUGUUCCUAGUACCAUAGGAGCAUUUGGUCCCUCAUCACCACGCGACCCAGUUCCCGACCUAUGUGUCCAAAGACCUCGAACAAUCUAUGGGGUCUCCAAAGUGCAUGGAGAACUAAUGGGAGAGUAUCUGCAUCAUAAACAUGGCUUGGACUUUCGUUGCCUGCGUUAUCCAGGGGUGAUAUCUGUAAAUACACCACCUGGUGGAGGAACAACUGAUUAUGCAGUUCAGAUCUUUCAUGAUGCUCUCAGUACAGGUCACCAUGAGUGUUACCUUCGUCCAGACACUCGCCUUCCAAUGAUGCAUAUCUCAGAUUGUCAUCGAGCUACUGUGGAGUUCAUGCAAGCUCCAGAGUGCCAGCUUUCUUUACGUACAUAUAACAUUGCAGCAAUGAGCUUCACUCCAGAAGAAGUGGCGCAGGAAAUACGCAAGCAUCUCCCUCAACUCAAAGUUACCUACAGUCCUGAUUCUGUGCGCCAGACAAUUGCUGACAGUUGGCCAGUGAGAUUUGAUGACUCAAAUGCAAGGAGAGAUUGGGGUUGGGCACCAGCGUUUGGACUGGAAGAGCUUGUGUCAGAUAUGCUACAUACAAUUCGGAGCAAAAGGACCAGCGAAGGAUUGCAUGUGAACUCAUUAUAAAAGAAUUUAAAGAACACCUCAUACAUUGUAAAAUAUAUUAGAAGAUUUGUCUGGAAAACAAAACAUAGUGAGAAAUUACUGUAAACAUAAUUUUUCAGGGAACUGUACAUUUUAUUUUGUCACCUUUGAUUUAAUUGUAAUCAUAUAUUUUAUUUACAUAAAGAUAUUUUUCAUUUGUAAGAUUUUUUCUAUAUAAUGCAAUAAUAUCAUACACCAGGCUU